AUGCAGGAGUUUGGUCGCGUUCAGGAGGAGAUGAGCUCCAUUCAACAGAAUCUUCUCUCUCUUCUGACUGUUUUACAGUCCGAAUCAGCUGCCGAACACCUACAGGAAGUCAAAGUGGAACUGGUGUCGCAAAAGGCUCGACUGCAAGAUGUGAUGGAGCGAGUGAUGAAGAGAUGGAGAUCUGUGCCCUCGGAGAUUCACAUCUUACAGAAUGAGCUCAACGCCUCGCUGCAGGAGGCAAAAGACAAAUUGGCCAUGGUCAUGGAGAAAAGUGGUCCUCUUCGUAAAAUGGGAGAGCAGAUUGGAGAAGUGACGGUGGGCUUGUUAUGUGUUCAGGGUCUGUUGAAGCAAACAAGUCCUAAUUUUUCUGAGGCUGAACAAACACAAAAGACGCAAUGGGAAAAGGCACACAGAUCAGUCACUGAAAGUCGUGAGCAGUGUGCUUCUCUAACCGAACUGCUGAAGAAGUUUCAGAGCUGUCGAAAUAGUUUGGGUGGCAUUUUACAGAGAGCAGAGCAGACCAUCGGUGAUCAGGCCUCAUACAUGGGCAAAGACAACCUUCAGCUGCUCAUCAGCAAGGUGAUAAGUAUAAAGUCAGAUCUCAGUGGUUUGGGAGACGGGGUGGAGGAGUUCAGGUCUGUGUGCAGGCAGCUUCAGUCUCUGGUGAGAAGGGUUCUGGACUGCACAGACGCCCCGUUUGAAAGUGAAGCGGACACCCUCAUGGACCGCUGGCUGGAUGUGACAGAAAAGACAGACUGCUAUCUGGAUAAUCUUCAGGCUGGCUUUUCUCUUUGGGAGAAGCUCCUCCUUUUGGCUGGUGAAGUGGAGGGCUGGAGUUCUCAAAAGCUCAUAACUCUUGCUCAGUCAAACCCCUUUAAGACGGAAGUGGAUGUUUUUGAUAUGCAGAAUGAUCUGAAGGUUCAAGAGGAGAACAUUCAUUUCCAUCGCAGAUCUUCAGAGAUCCAGGAACUUCUACAGAGUCAAGAGUUUCCACUGGAGCUGCAGGUGAUUGAGAGCCAGCUGAGGAAGAAGAUGGCAGAGGUGAAGGAGCUCUUUUUUGAGACCAGAGAUGUGUUCAGACAGCUGGAAACUGCCAAAAUGCAGGUGGCAACUGAGAUUGCAGAUCACCUGUCCUCCAUCCAGACUAUUACAAAUAAUCUGAACACUCUGAACACAUGUGAAAGCCCACAUGCCCUCAAUACCAUCCAGAGAUUAGCGGAGCAGCUGGAAGUGAAGGCUGAGCAGGCAGAUGCAUUACUGCAGCAGAUGGAUCUCCUUGCCAGCAUUGCAGGUCUGGAAAACCUGCAGACUCUUGCUGAAGCUGGAGCUCACCUUCAAGAAAGCAUUGGCAUUGCCAAAGAGCUGGUUAUAAAGAAGGGAGAACAAGCAAUGAACCCAAACAGGCCUGAAAGUUCUCAGCCUGUCGAAGAGUCUAAGCAAAUCAAGGCCCAUAUUAAAAAAGCAGAAGAUACCGAGUUACAGACUGUAUGGCAUGAUAAAGCAGAUGAACAGUCACUGAGAGGCAAGGCAAAGGACGCUGCUCCUGAGCAGAAGUACUUUAAAGAGGAUAUGCUUCUGUCUGAGAAUAAGAACAGGCGUGACCUGAACUGA